AUGAGCGAGCAGGACGCGGCUGUGGAGGCGGCUCCGGCAACACCUACGCCCGCUAAAGUGGUCGAAAACGCAGAACCGACCGAGAAGAUGACGGUUGACGCGAAAGUGGCCGAGGAGGCGGCCACGAAGCACGAAGAAAAGCCCAAGGCGGGCGACGAACAGGCCGCGACGCCGCUCAAGCGCCGCACGUCGAGUCCCCGCGUGGCCAAGCAGCCCAAAGAGACGGAGGGCGACGAUACCGAGUCAGAGCCUGAGAAACACCCUAAAAAACGCGCAAAAACCACGAAGGGAGCCAAACGAGGCCCCAAGCCUGGCCGUAGAAAGAAGGCUGCGAUUGAGACCGAAGACGACGCGGUCGAGGAGCAAAGGGAGGUGGAGAAAAAGGUGGCGGCUCUAAGUGACGAUGUCAAGGGCAGAUUCGGCCAGAUUGUAUGGGCCAAGAUGGCAGGCUACCCGUUCUGGCCCUGUAUCAUCACGGACCCACGUUUGUUACCCAAGAAGCUGCAGGAGACGGCCAUGAAGCACCUGGAGACUAAAUUUCUGGUGUUUUUCUACGUAUCCAACAAUUACGCCCCCAUCUCCUUCAAGAUGAUCGAGUCAUGGGACGAUACAAAGAAUAAAUACCGCGAAGGAUACCCGGAGAAGGACUCGAAGGCUCCCAAGCGACGUGCUAAGCUCAUGUUGGCAAUUGAAGUGGCAGAUAAAGAGACCAAGCUGCCGAUUGAGGACAGAGCGGACGGUCUAUUGAAGCCUGUAGAGAUGGUAGCAGUACAGCAGCCAGCAGAUAUGCCUACCCCUGUGAAGCGAAAGCCUGGUCGACCUCCCAAGGCCAAGACAGCGCCCAAGGCUACGCCAACGAAAACCCCCAAGAAGCGAUUGACAAAGGACGAGACGGAGGAAGUGACAGACGAAAAGGAAGCUACGCCUGCGAUUACACAAGAAGAGGAGGAGGAAACGACACCACCGCUGAGCAAGGAGGAGAUUAAGGCGAAGGUGGCAAGUCGCAAGACGCCCAAGAAGAAAGGAGCGGAUGACGUCGUCAAUGCAGCGGGAGCUUCUGUUAAGAAGGCACCGAAAGCCACGACAAAACACAAGUUGAACGGUUCGGACAUUGAUAGCAAGCGCAAGAAGGAGAUUGAGCUGGUGGUCCCCCAUAAGACCGUCAAGUCAGCCGAUAUUCGCGAGAUGACGGAGGAAGCAGCCAAGAAGAAGCUGAAUGGACCGAAGAGCAAGACCAAGAAGGACAAGGGAGACUACAAGGUGGGCGACUUGGCCUCGUUCGCCAGUAAGAUGACGCGGCUACACAUGAAGGAAUCGUCGCGGAAUAACGACGAGCUGGUCGUUAUGAUGCAGGAGCUUUUCAAAGAAACGCUCAUGUAUCGCUCGGACGUGGAGCGAUCGGGACUGGCAGCGAUCAUUGCGCUGCUGCGCAAGAGCUCGAAUCAAACGGUCGGCAAGACGGCGAGCGCGCUUCGCAAGCACAUGAUGAACAUUUUGAACAAUGACACAGAGAUCACCCAUUUGGGCAAGAAAGGCCACCAAGACACUGCGGCUUCUGGCAUCAAGAAGCGGAAAGCGGAGAAUGGGAGUGCAGUGAAGACAGAAGAGCAGACAAAGGUAUCAUCUCCAGAGAACAGUGGUGGUAAGGAAGACUCUGCUGCGAAGGAUAAGGCUGCUUCUUCUGCUGUGAAUGCGUUGCCCACAACGAAAGCAGAAGAAUCGAAGGAAUCGAAGGAUGCUGAAGUGAAAGAAGCGAAUAAACCCGUGGAAAAUGUGGCAGCACAGCCAGCAGUUGCGGAGCAUGAAGUAGUGAAAACGGAGGGAUCUGCUGCUGCUGAGGUGGGAGCAGUCAAGGAAGAGCGAUCAGCGGUUCCAGUGAAGACGGAGAAGACUGAUGAUGGCGCAGUGAAAGACACAGAUAUGUUUGAAGCACCUGAACACAUGGACAAGAACCGAACGAUCUUUGUGAACAUGCUGAGCGAGAUCCUCGACCAGGACGGAGCAAAGCGUGCUGACCUGGCAACGGAAAUUGAGGCCGCAUUGUUCGAGCGCUUCAAGGAGAGCAGCGAAGAUUACUUGACACAAGCGCGUAUCAUCAUAUUUGGCCUGAAGGAGAACGCCCCCAUGCGGAAGCGACUCUUUUCUGGUGCCCUACACUGCCUCGAGUUCGCAUACGCCGACGAUGCGGUAAGUCAAGUAGCUGCGUUUAUGGAGUUGAUCAAAGUUGAUGACGCUCACGAGUGUUUUGUUGACAGUUUUUCAAGGCGUCGGAGUGAUCGUAGGAAACUUAUUCGUCUACUCUUUGAGAUAUUGCCGAAAACAAACUCAAAGAGUUCGAACUUGUUUAUCUUGUUUCAUUUUUUAUCAUGA